UGAGCCAAGCUCAAGCCCUUGGAGGGCCCAGGUGGUUGUUGUUCGGACUGGGCAGAAAAAUAGGAUGGUGGUGGACUAUAGUCAAACCAUCAAUAGGUUUACGCGUACCCCCUACCCCGCAUCACGGAUAUGGUCAACCAGAUUGCUCAGUACAAGGUGUACUCGACAAUAGAUCUGAAAUCCGCUUAUCACCAGCUCCCCAUCUGCCCAGAGGACCGCCCCUACACUGCCUUCGAGGCGGGCGGCAGGCUCUAUCACUUCCUGCGCGUCCCUUUCGGUGUCAUGAAUGGUGUCUCUGUCUUCCAGAGGGAAAUGGACCGGAUGGUGGACCAGUACCAACUGCAGGCCACAUUUCCCUAUCUGGAUAACAUCACCAUCUGUGGUCACGACAGGCCUGAUCACGACGCCAACCUCCAACGAUUUCUCCAAGUGGCCGCAGCUCUGAACCUUACUUAUAACAGGGACAAGUGUGUGUUUGGAACCACCCGCCUUGCUAUACUUGGGUAUGUCGUGGAAAACGGGGUUAUUGGCCCUGAUCCCGAACGUAUGCGCCCCCUGUUAGAACUCCCUCUUCCCACCACUCUCAAGGCCCUCAGACGGUGCCUGGGUUUUUUUUCCUAUUACGCCCAAUGGGUCCCCCAUUACGCAGACAAGGCACGCCCCCUGGUCAAGUCUACCUCGUUUCCCCUCUCUGCUGAGGCCCGCGCGGCCUUCAGCUGCAUUAAAGAGGACAUUGCCAAAGCUACGAUGCAUGCCGUGGACGAGACCGCUCCCUUCCAAGUGGGGUGUGAUGCCUCCGAUUUUGCUCUGGCUGCUACCCUCAAUCAGGAAGGCAGACCAGUAGCAUUCUUUUCUCGCACCCUCCAAGGCUCCGAAAUUCGGCACUCCGCGGUGGAGAAAGAAGCCCAGGCCAUAGUGGAGGCUGUUAGGCACUGGAGGCACUAUCUUGCUGGCAAAAGGUUCACCUUGCUGACUGACCAGCGCUUGGUUGCGUUCAUGUUCAGCAACCAACAGCGGGGCAAAAUCAAAAAUGAUAAGAUUCUGCGGUGGAGGAUAGAACUCUCCACCUACACCUAUGAUAUCCUGUACCGGCCUGGCAGACUCAAUGAGCCCCCUGAUGCCCUAUCCCGGGGAACAUGUGCUAGCACACAGCUCGACCAGCUGUACACCCUUCAUGCACAACUUUGCCAUCCGGGGGUCACCCGAUUUUACCAUUUUGUGAAAGCUCGGAACCUGCCAUACUCCCUGGAGGACAUCAGGACGAUGACCAGGGACUGCCAAAUUUGCGCUGACUGCAAACCGCACUUCUACCGUCCUGACACGGCACAACUUGUCAAGGCCACCCGCCCUUUUGAACGACUGAGUGUUGACUUUAAGGGCCCCCUUCCCUCCACUGACCGCAAUGUCUAUUUUCUCAGUGUUAUCGACGAGAACUCACGGUUCCCCUUUGCCAUCCCCUGCCCCGACACCACUGCCACGUCCGUCAUAAAAGCCCUGCGCCAGCUCUUCACUCUGUUCGGGUAUCCCUGCUAUAUCCACAGCGAUAGAGGGUCCUCCUUUAUGAGUGAGGAGCUGCGCCAGUACUUGCUAGCUAGGGGCAUUGCUACCAGUCGGACCACGAGUUAUAAUCCCCGGGGUAAUGGCCAGGUGGAGCGGGAGAAUGUCACAGUGUGGAAGGCCACACUUUUAGCCCUUAAUUCAAAAGGGUUGCCGGUCUCUCGAUGGCAGGAGGUCCUCCCUGAGGCAUUGCACUCUAUCCGCUCUCUGUUAUGUACGUCCACCAAUGCCACCCCUCACGAACGCCUAUUCUCUUUUCCCAGGAAGUCUGUCACUGGGACCACCCUACCAGUUUGGCUGAAGUCCCCGGGGCCAGUGCUGCUCCGGAAACAUGUGAGGAGCAAUAAAUACUCCCCGCUGGUCGAGAGGGUUCACCUUCUACAUGCGAACCCCCAGUAUGCCUACGUGGUCUUACCUGAUGGGCGGGAGGACACGGUCUCCAUCCGCGACCUGGCACCCGCAGGUGCAGCAGACCACUACCCUGAAGGCUCUCCGGUAACUAUGAACCCUGCACCAGAGGUGACACCGUACUCACCAGGCCCUACACAGACUCCUCACGACACUUGUAUACCGGGCGUUUCGUACGCAUUUAUACCAGGCGCCUCACACAUGCGUGAGGGAUCACCGGCGCCUAGUGGGCAGGAACAAACGCAACCUCCGUCCCCUGUGCAAUCACUAAUGUCGCCGGCAUCCAUGCGAUCACAGCCGGUGCUACGUAGAUCGCAGCGACAGAUUCGACCACCUGAUAGACUUGACUUGUAAGAAACUUCGCCACAUGGGGACUCUUUUAAACAAAGGGGGGGCGAAUGUGGUGAACUACGUGUGCCUGUCUGGACAUGCCCCCUGCUGACUGCUCCUGUGGCUCCUCCCACAGGCCCCUGUAUAAAGGCGAUCUGAGGCCUAUGCUCGGCCUCAGUCUCCAGGACGUAGUAUGAUGGACACUCACUCCUGGUUCCUUCUUCCAGUCAAUAAAAGCCGAUAUCUCGCCUUACGUCUCAGUGUGAGUUAUUGAUGGUGCAUCAAUGUCAUUAGGCAAGUUUUCACUUGCAAUGGAUUUUAAGAGCCGUGAAGUAAUGUUGGAGUGUUAUCAAACUCUGGCGAGAUCACACAUUUGAAUGACAAGAAUGUGCACUUUGACCCAAGUGCUGAGAGAGAGCAGCCCACUGAAGCUAAUCCACAUUUCACUAACUUUUAAUAGGAACUGUGCAGAAAUAAAAAGGGGAAAAAAAACAAGAAAUGCUAGACCAACAAGACCAUUAACUAGAACUUUCAAACCAAAGCUUACGUUAACAAAGCAGCUCAGCUGAGGUAGCUUAAUACUAAAUAAAAGACUCUCCUUAACAGUGACAGUCUAAAUGGAAGUCUUCUUUCUUGGAACAGUACAACGGUAAGCAGGAAGUGUUGACUUUGCUCUGCUUUUGGUCGAAGGCCUGACAAAACUAAAACAAGACGAAGGGAGUUCACUAGCACAACACUGGAAUACUGAUCGACUGGAACGUGCAUUCGCAGGAGUGUGAUUACCGAAGCCAUUCUGCAGCCCGCCUGUGAGGGCACCCAGAUUCUGUGGUUGUGACAGGACCCCCUCCCUAGGCAUCCAUUGGUACCAGAGACCUGUGCCUGCUGAAAGUUGCAGAUGAGAGACUUGUCCAGGAAGUCAUGGGCCAGAACCCAAGAGCAUUCUUCAGGGCUAUACCACUCGCAAUCCAUGAGAUAAUGGGCACUUCCCUGCACCCAGCAGGAUGCCAGGAGUCACUAGACAGAAUAGGCCAGGGACCUAUGUACCAAGCUGCGAGGAGGGGGAGGUGAGUGACUGGAACAAAGGAGGAGGUAGUCAUUGCCUUGAGCUGGAACACCAGAUGAACCUUUUUUUUAUGAUGGUAAACGCCAUCUAUAUGAGAACUUGUUGAUAGUCUUUUUCACUACAAAUGGAAAAGAGUGGAGCCAACCUGCAGCUCUCGACUUUCAAGCGAAUGUCCUUUGAUGCCUGCCAGACUUUCUCCCCUGCCUUGAGAGACGAAGCUGAUCAGCUCUCGGCCCUGUUGUUUCUGAGCACGUAGCAGAGAAGCUCUGGCCUGUCUCCACGUGCACUUGGAGCAUUAGAUCAACAGUUCAGAUCAGUAACUCCCAUGUCAAUUGCUUGGUCAGGGAAGAGUGGUGGCUGGAAUUGCUUUUGGCAUUUAAAGCGGUACAUGCCGGUGGAUGACAACUGUAGGUAAUUGUGGACAAUCUUUGCCCAAACCAGUUGGGAGCUCCAGGUUGGAAGAAACAGGGUUGUUUCCAGCUCCUGAUUCACUCUCUCAGUCUGGCUUUUAGAUUGGGGGUGGAAACCAGAUGAGAGACUGGUUGUGGCUCCUACAAGAGAACAGACGGCCUUCCCAAAAUGGGAUGUGAAUGAUCAGAUGCUAUUUCCUGAGGGAAGAUGUGCAGCCUGAACAUGCGCUGAAUCAUUAGGAUGGCAGUCUCACGGGCCAACGGAAAAUAGGUGGCUACCAAAGUCAUCUCUUGAUAAAGUCCAAGGUCCAUUGAAUUCCUGGCUGUCCAACCAGACCGGAGGAAUGAGCCCAUUCCAACAUACAGCUGGUUAGGAGGAUCCCACCUGAUCCUGCAUCUGACUGUUGGGUUUCUGUCACCUCCACCUUUAUUCAACAAAUCACUGGAGCAGCAAUACACCAGCAAAGAGAGAAGGGCUCCAGGUUGACUUUGUCUUCUGACACGUCAAACUGCCAGGAGAGAGCAUCGGCCUUGGUAUUCUUGGUAGGCGAGGAUGAAGUUAAAACCGAUGAUCAGGAGAGCCCGACGAGCUUGACGGGAGUUGAGACUUUGGCCGGUUACCAGUGAUCCCUGAUGUGCCUGAGUAAUGACCUUGCGUGUAUUCAAGUUCAACAGUGAGCGUGACAGGGAAUGAAGAAGGCUCAUAUUGUUUCCUUGCAGCCCGGUGGUUGGGGACCAGCACAUGGCGGGGGAGCUACACACAUGCACACUGAGCAGAAAGAAUGGAACUAAAACCCCACAACCCGGAAACAAUCUCUCAACAGUAUUUGUGUAUUUAUUUAUUUUUCUUUUUUUUUCAGGAUCUACUGGGAAAGUCUUAAAGAGCGACCAGUUGAUCACGAUCGACAGCACUUGGGCCAUAACGCACAUUCUUGUCAGCAGAUCUCAUCUGAAGAAAAUGGACCCAGCAGAGGGAGCUCAUCUAACCUCGGUCCUGGCCUUUACUGGGCCCUUCCGGACCUUCAACCCGCGUCGCCCAGCAUCCCACUGAUUUAACCCUGGCAUCAUCACAGGACAAUUUGCAAUGACCAGUUAACCUGUGGGUGGAAACUGGAGCACCUGGAGGAAACCUAUGCGCACACAAGCAGAAACCUACUACUGAUUUUACUUUAUCCUCCACAAACCUUAGCUUGGAUUGGGCUUGUCAUUCUGAGAGUAUCUGUCAUACUGAUAUAGUCACUUCUCCCAAUACAGCUUCAACUGACUGUGUGGGCCUAUUCCGUGCUGUUUCUCAAAGUAAAUAAAAACAAAAAUCAAUAAAAUAGUUCACUUUAACCGGAACUGUGCAGAAAUAAAGGACAAAUCAGUAAAUGCUAGGCCAACAGGGCUGUUAACUAGAACUUUCAAAUUAAAGCUAAUGCUGACACAGCAGCUUGGCAGUAGUAGCUUAAUA